CGGCCGUCGACUGCUCGGAGCAGAUGAACAAGGAGAGAGAACCUAUGGGGUUUCCUAAGUUCACUGUUCUUGAUACAAAGACAGGUGCUGAGGCAGAGAAUACGGUUAAUACAUCUAAGCUUUGUGAAACUAUAAAAGCGAAUGGAGAUCCUGGGGUGUUGAUAGGAGACACUGACAUAUCUAUAGCAGCAGCAAUUCAAAGCUCAACAGAAGGCGAUUGUGCCGCAGCAACAAAGCAAUGGAAAGGAGUAUUAAAGGCAAUGGGAGAUUCUUUACCCCCUGCCUAUACACCCGGAGAGGGCAUAUACAACAAUCUUGGUGUUGUAUCGUUAAUGAGUCUUUAUACACCUAAAGAGGGAGUAGCCGUUACAUGCACUGUCAUACAAUGUCCAGCAGAAAGCUCUUCAGCAGGUGACAACCAAAAUAGUGAAAACAACAACGGCCAGAGCAGCAACAAAGACCAGCAAAACCCCACCAGCCCCCCAGUCAGUGGAAGUGGCACAGAAAGCACAACAGGCGGCACAGCAAACGGAGGAGGUGGCGCACAGUCAGGCACUGCGGGCGGCAGUGGCAGUGGCAGCCAGGGCAAUGCUGGUACAGGGCAAGGGCAAGAAAGUCACCAACAGCAAGCAGAAACACUCUCGAAAAAGAAGGAAGACGAACAUUCAAUACAAAUUGAAUCAGGAUUACCGGAAGGAGAAGUAUGA